UUUUUAUAUAAAGGUUGAGAAAAUAGUAUUUUAUUUGUAGUGAAAUAAUUAAUACAAAUCAAUAAAAUGUGGAUUACUUUGAAUUUAUUAGUGGUGUUAAUAGUAGCUAUAAAUGCCACACCACUUAAUGAGACAAAUGGGACACCAUAUAACGUGGUGUGCUAUUGGGGCUCAUGGUCGUGGUAUAGAGAUGGUGGUGGAGGCAAAGGAAAGUUCGCACCCGAGAUGUCUAACCCCCUGUUGUGUACACACAUGAUGUACGGGUUCGCCAAACUCGGCGCCGGCGGUGAGAUAGAGGUCAUGGAAAAUGAUCUGGAUUUAGGCGACACUGACUACAAAAGUGGUCUACCCUGGGGAGAGGGUAUGUACCGGCGUAUUGAGCACUUGCGUGAUGUCAACCAUAAUAUGAAAGCCAUGAUAUCAAUCGGGGGUUGGAAUGAGGGGUCAGACAAGUACUCGCAAAUGGCCAGUAGUCCGGACUCACGGAAAAAGUUUGUUAACUCUGUCGUUAAGUUUAUACAAACCUAUAAAUUUGAUGGACUCGAUGUGGACUGGGAGUACCCGGGCUUUAAAGCUGUUGGUGAGGCCGACCGCGUACCCGGUAAUCCGAAAGAUAAGGAAAACUAUAUAUCGCUGUUACGUGAGCUCCGGGCUGCCCUUAAACCACACAACUAUUUACUGUCAGCGGCUGUAAGUGCGGGCAAAAAGACGAUUGACAUCUCGUAUGACGUGAAACAGUUGAAUGAGUUGUUGGACUUCAUUAACGUAAUGGCUUAUGAUUUUCAUGGCGGCGCCUGGGAGAAUAAGACAGGACAUAACGCUCCCCUAUAUCCCGACCCUAAAGCUUCGGAGGAGGACAAGGAGUUGACGGUGUCCUAUGGCGUGGAGUAUUGGAUUAAACAGGGGGCUAACCCUAAGAAAUUGAUGAUGGGAAUGGGAACAUAUGGCCGAUCAUUCACCCUGGCCAAUGCUGCCCAACAUGGUAUAGGUGCUGCCUGUGCCAGUGGCAGCAAAGGUGGUAAUGCCGGCCCCUAUACCAACGAAGUCGGUAUAUUAGGAUACAAUGAGGCCGGGUGGAUCGCCUAUAGGGACGACACCCAGAAAGUGGUGUACGCAGUGAAGGGUAACCAAUGGGUGGGCUAUGACGACGAGAAAUCCCUUAAGGAUAAGCUGUCGUACCUGAAGGGCAAAGGACUGGGAGGGGCUAUCGUGUGGUCCAUCGAUACGGACGACUUUCACGGCAAUUGCGGCGGACGUAAGCACCCAUUGAUGAAGACUAUUAGCACUGAACUCAAUGGUAUUACCGGUGAACCCGACCCUGACAUACAUGAGGUUCACUUUACACCAGAGAUCUCAAACCCCUUGCUCUGUACGCAUAUGAUGUAUGGGUUCGCCAAACUCAGCGACGGGGGAGAGAUACAGGUGUUCGACCCGGACCUGGAUUUAGGCGAUACUGAUUGGGAAAGUGGUCUACCCUGGGGAGAGGGUAUGUACCGGCGUAUUGAGCACUUGCGUGAUGUCAAUCCCGAUAUGAAAGCCUUGAUAUCAAUCGGGGGUUGGAAUGAGGGGUCAGACAAGUACUCAAAGAUGGCCAGUAGUCCGGACUCACGGAAAAAGUUUGUUAACUCUGUCCUCAAAUUUAUACAAACAAAUAAAUUUGAUGGGCUCGAUGUGGACUGGGAGUACCCGGGCUUUAAAGCCUCCGGAGAGGAGGACCGAACCCCCGGUAAUCCGAAAGAUAAGGACAACUUCGUGGCACUGUUACGUGAGCUCCGGGAGGCAUUCAAACCGCAUAACUAUUUACUGACGGCUGCCGUAAGUGCGGGCAAAAAGACGAUUGACGUCUCGUAUGACGUGAAACAGUUGAAUGAAUUGCUGGACAUUAUUAACGUAAUGGCCUAUGAUUUUCAUGGCGGCGCCUGGGAGAAUAAGACAGGU